AUGGCUGCAAUUGGCUCUCUAGUGUUCUGCACAGACUGCGGAAACCUGCUCCCUGCCACCAAAGGCACGGAGAAAAAUUCCCUAAAGUGCGAAUGCUGUGGCGCAUGGAACAAAGACACGGGCUCGAAGACGAUCUUGACGAAGUCGAAACCUUCCGACUUUCCCUCGUUCCUCCGGCAAAAGCUGCAGUCGAACGUACAGGCUGUGGAGCGACACAGCAUCCAGACCGAAAGCGUUGUGCAAGAACGAUGCCCCAAGUGCGGCCGUGAAGAAGUUAAAUACACGUCGGUGCAGCUCCGAAGCGCCGACGAAGGGUCUACCAUCAUCUUCACGUGUGAUUGCGGUCACUCAUGGAACGAGAACAACUGA